AUGGCAUGGGGUCGUCGGCCGAAGCGACUCGAGACGCUGCUUCCCGUCGGGCCGAAAAGCAAGCAAUCGAACAGCGUGUCAAGGCGCGCUACCUACCCGACGCUGGAGCACGACGACCACGACCCCGGCCCCCUCGCAGAGCGCAUCAGGCGCGACAAGCGCGAGUUCUCCAUUUUCGGCGCAGAGCGCAUCAGGCGCGACCGCUCCUCCGACGACUCCUCCUCCGACCGCGACUCAUGCGGCACCGGCUCCACUAGCGAGGCGAAUGACAUAUUCGACACCCUCGAAGACCAUCUCGGCUACGGUUCCGACUCCGGCUCCGGCUGGUAG